AUGCCUCGCUCCAACCGCUGGCGCAACAUUGAUCGCCUGCUUGGCUUCGAUAGACAUGGCUAUCACUCUCGCCGCCAAUGGGUUCAUGAAGAAGAGCGCGCUCUGCUCCCACAGCUGCGUAAUGAGGAGAUAGACUCUGCCAUUCCACCCGCCGACGUUACCAAGGUAUGCCUCCGACUACGACACUUGGUCCAAGAGUGCGUACCAUGUGAAAUGGAAGAGAGUCGAAUCACGGCGCCCCAUAGCCGCAUUAUUACGCCCAACGUUGUCCAAGCUGCCAAGGAAGCAGGCGGUCAAGAGUACAAGGGUUGUGUGGUCUACGCUUUACUCGUCAAUCUACGUUGGUUCAAUCAUGAAGCAAAUGUUGAGCUCUGGGAUGCUGGCCUGCACAAUCUGCGAGCCGAAGCUUGCGGUGUUAUAGCCAAGGCCCUUAUCGAGGAAGAGGAAGACACGGCGUAUCUACUGCACUCGGUGCUCCUGCGUCGAUACUCGUAUAUUGCAAACAGCAUCCCGACGCCUCCUGUCAAUGUCAUCGAAAAAGCUGUCGACUUGCAUGCAGUUCGAGUCAUUGGCUCGUCGGGAUACCAAAAAUGCAUCAGCUAUCUCUGGCGUGGCUGGCUCGUGCAGGAUGAGAACGACCCAUCUUUCUUUGUCGACUAUAAUGACAAGGACAAUCCGAAUUUCCUGGUUCAUAUGGAUCCAGAUCGGAUGAGAACCCCUAGAAACCAGAACAUCGCCCAGCUCUUAUUUUCCCUUGUCUAUCUUGCCCUCUUCACCAUUGCCAUUAACUCAGUCAACGCCAGUGGCGUCAUCGACAUUGCCGAAGGAGCCCUCUAUUUCUUUACACUCGGAUACAUUUGCGAUGAGCUGCUCAAGGUCUACAAGGCUGGAUAUCAGAUCUUGGGCUUUUGGAAUGCUUUCAACGCCAUCUUGUACGCGUUUUUGACGGCGUCGUUUGUAUUCCGCGUCGUUGGCCUGACUUUUGCGGAACAUACAGAUGGACGUACCCAUUACAGCACCCUAGGAUACAACAUCCUGGCCUUUACCGCUCCGUUGUUUUGGUGUCGUCUCUUGCUCUACUUGGAUAGCUUCAGGUUCUUUGGCGCCAUGCUUGUCGUCCUCAAAGUCAUGAUGAAGGAAUCCGUGAUAUUUUUUGCCCUCCUCAUUGUCAUCAUUGUCGGUUUCCUGCAAGCCUUCAUCGGCCUUGACCUCACUGAUGACAACGUUGCCGAUGACGUGUGGUUUAUCAUCGAGUCUAUGGCAAGGGCUCUCCUCGGAAGCCCAGAGUUUGAUGGGUUUGAUGGAUUUGGGCCGCCCUGGGGUGCGAUCCUGUAUUACUGCUUCACAUUUAUUGUCAUGGUUAUCCUCCUCAACAUUCUCAUUGCCCUGUACAACUCUGCCUACGAGGAUAUCUAUGAGAACGCGGACGAUGAAUAUCUGGCAUUGUUCAGCCAAAAGACGAUGCAGUUCAUUCGUGCACCAGAUGAGAACGUCUAUAUUGCUCCGCUCAACUUGAUCGAGAUUGCCAUCUCAGCUCUCUUUGAGUGGUGGAUGCCAAAGAAGUCGUACGAGUUCAUCAAUGACUGUAUCAUGGGCCUUUUCUACUCGCCGCUUCUUUUGAUCAUGGCAAUCUUCGAGACUCGCACGGCGCAUGCUAUUCGUCGUAACCGAGCCCGUGGGGAGGCAGAUGACGAUAUCAUUGAAGAAUGGGAACAGCUCGCGCACGAAAUUGACUUUGGGGCUGAAGGAUGGGCCAAGACAUGCGAGGCCGUCAAGCCAAACAUGGUUGAUGACCCAGCUGUUGUUGAGAUUAAGAAACUGCGCGCUGAGCUUGCCGGACUGAAGUCUAUGCUGACAGACAUUGGCGAACAUGUCCACUUUCCGACGAGCCAGGAUACCAAGAUUGGGGACGGUAGCGCCUAUGAAUUCAAGGCAUCUUCGGAAACAACUCAUGAGGAAACGGAUCAUGGCCUGAGCACCGACAAAGAUGUGGCACACGACGCAGCAAGCUCAUCCGGCAAAGCGCCGGCUGGGAGCGGCUUUGAAGAGCUAAUCGACCUGGUUGAUGAUUCUGCUAAGCCGACCGAGGAUUCUGACGAGGCCGCCGAACCGACUGAAGAGUCGGCCGAACCGGCGGAAGAAUCUACGCGUCCUUCCGAAGCGGUACCAGAACCAGAGAGCGAGGGCACAUCAUCCAAGUCACCCGAAGUUGCACCAUCUGACGCACCCGAAGAAUCAUCAUCUAAGGCACCUGAAGAUGCACCAUCCGAGGCACCUGAAGACACAUCACCUAAGGCAACUGAAGAUACCGCAUUCAAGGCACCGGAAGAAUCAUCAACCAAGGCACCUGAAGACACAUCAUCUGAGGCACCUGAAGAUACCGUAUCCAAAGCACCUGAAGAUACCGUAUCCAAAGCACCUGAAGACGCACCGUUCAAAGCAUCAGAAGAGGCAGCGCUAGACUCCUCUGAAGAUGUCCCGGCCGAGACACACGAUGAUGCACAACCCGAGGCCUCUGAAGACGUGCCGUUCAAGGCUCCCGAAGGCGCCCCUCUCGAGGCCCCAGAGUACGUUCCGUUUAUGGCCCCCGAAGACGUGCCGUCAGAGGCUGCCGAAGGCGUUCCUCUCGAGACAUCUGAAGGCGCUCCACUUGAGACAUCUGAAACCGCAGCGUCCAAGGCUCCCGAAGAGGCUGCGCCUGCACGUGCUGAACGCGUCGAGUCCGAGGAAGUCGAAGGCGAGGAAGCUAGCCCUGAGAGUCCUGCUGGUGAAGGCAGAGCAGAGGGUGAACAAGACCCCAAGCCAAAGGCCAAGAGAAGAAGAAGAAAGAACAAGAACAAGUCGUCGCAAGCCGGCCCGAGCGGCGGUAGCUAA